CCUGGCUGCCGGCGCGGCGCGCAGUGCCGUCGGCCGCGCUCCCUGGGCAGCACCAUCGCCGCGCCGCUCCCCGCGAUGCUGCGAUACCUCAGUGUGGCCGGUUGCUGCUAGAUCUGGGGACAUCUUUUUCUGGUCGAAGUGGAGGUUGCUGACUGAGCAGGCAGACAUGAGGACAGCAGAGGAUUCAACUGGGACGGUUCUGCACCGUCUCAUCCAGGAGCAGCUGAGAUAUGGAAACCUCACUGAGAACCGCACGCUGCUGGCUAUCCAGCAGCAAGCCCUGCGUGGAGGGGGUGGCACUGGCAGUCCCCGCUCGUCUCUCGAAAGUCUUACCCAAGAAGAAAGUCAAAUGGUGCAGCAGUCCACACGGCAGGAACCCCAGGGCCAGGAGCAUCACUCCGACCAUGUCUACUUGGAAAACAGCCUGUAUCGGCUUUACCAGCCCCAGCACAAGGGCGAGGAGCUUCCGACAUACGAGGAGGCCAAGGCUCACUCCCAGUACUAUGCCUCGCAGCGGGGUGGGCAGCAGCCUGGGGGAAACUCUCAGGGCGCUCACGGUGAAAGCGGGCAACGCAGGGCCGAGAGCAGUGGCAGGCGCCCGGACGACUCGUUGAAGGACCUGAAGCACGGCCAUGUGAGGUCACUUAGCGAACGCCUCAUGCAGAUGUCUCUGGAGAGGAAUGGAGCCAAGGCACAGAACCACAUGAGCUCUUCCCACAGCUACCCCCAGCUUUCCAGGCACUACCAGCUCUCUGCCCUCAGAGGCCAGCACUCUGAGGGGACAGAGCCACGGGGACCUCCUCCAGAGUACCCCUACAUCCUCCCUUCCCAGGAUGCUUCCAUCGCUUACCUGGCAGAUCCCAGACCCUGCUCUCAGGAAGGUCCUGCAUUUCAGCAUCCCGAUGUCAGGGUGAUGCAGACUCACGUCCCGCAAGCUUUCCUGCCACAGCAGAGUCCCCUAUGUCACAGCCCACUAGGCUCACUCACCCCAGCCGGGAUGGAGGCCUUGAUGACAGCCCAGGCGGCCUCUGCCAGCACCCGCUUGGCUCAGGUGGAGACUGUACUGAGAGACAAUGAAAAGCUGCUGCGGGAGAAUGAGAAGCUCCGGAGGGAAAGUGAUAAGCUACGGCAGGAGCUGGAGGGCUAUGCUGAGAAAGCGAGCCGGAUCCAGAAGCUGGAAACAGAGAUUCAGCGCAUUUCAGAGGAUUAUGAAAACCUCAUGAAGGCCUCUUCCAAGAGGGAAGCAUUGGAGAAAGCCAUGAGGAACAAGAGAGAUGGGGAGAUGCGUCGGCUCCAGGACUUCAACCGAGACCUGAAAGAACGGUUGGAAUCUGCAAACAAACAGCUGGCCAGUAAGACCCAGGAAAACCAGGAGAAUAAUCAAGGCACAGUGGCGAAACUCCUUGCACAAAACUAUGAGCACCAGCAGGAGAAGGAAAAGCUGGAGCGGGAAGUCUCCCUGCUGCGCAGUGCUAACGAGGACCAGCGGCGACGGGCAGAGCUGUUGGAGCAGGCGCUGGGCAGCGCCCAGGCCCGGGCGGCAAAGGCUGAGGCUGAACUCCGGAAGAAGCGUGCAUAUGUGGAGAAGGUGGAGAGGCUGCAGGCAGCGCUGGGCCAGCUCCAGGCUGCCUGCGAGAAGCGGGAACAGCUGGAGCUGCGGCUCCGCACACGCCUGGAGCAGGAGCUGAAGAUGCUGCGGGCUCAGCAGAGGCAGGCAGGCACCCCAGGUGGAGGACCCUCAGAGCUGAGUGCUCACACGCUCUCUGAGCAGCUGAGGGAGAAGGAGGAGAAGAUCCUUGCCCUGGAGGCCGACAUGACCAAAUGGGAGCAGAAGUACCUCGAGGAAUGUACCAUGCGGCAGUUUGCCAUGGACGCUGCAGCCACUGCGGCUGCCCAGCGGGAUACGACGCUCAUCAGCCACUCCCCGCGGCACUCUCCCAACAGCAGCUUCAACGAGGACCUCCUCUUGGCCAACCACAAGCACCAGGAGAUGGAGAACAGGUUAAAAGCUCUGCAUGCCCAAAUACUGGAGAAGGAUGCUGUCAUCAAAGUAUUGCAGCAGCGCUCACGGAAGGACCCCAGCAAAGCUCUCCAAGGCUCCCUGCGGCCAGCCAAGUCUGUACCGUCCAUCUUUCCAGCCUCUGGGACCCAGAGCUGGCAGGGAGCUAGCCCAAGCGAUCGGCUGGCAGAGAGUACCUCCCGAGGAAGUGCAGCAGGCAAAGCCCCAGCAGAAGAACCAGCAUCACUACCCAGCUCUGGCCACCUGCCCUUUCACUUCAAGCAUGGUAGCAAGGAUGGCAGCACACAGACAGACAGCCUGGCUGAGAGCAGCAGCCAGGGUGAGGGGCCUGAGUGCACAGCCAGCUCCCUGGAGAGCUUGGCUGCUGCCAGAGCCCUUGACCUGUCUGAUAUGGUGGAGAUCUUGAUUUAAGAAUGGGCAGUUCUGGUCACCCAGGGCAGAUGUGUCAUCCUCUCCAACCUCACGUUUUGUUGUAUGGUCAGAGAAGCCCUUCGGUUUCCAGUUGCGUGGCCAGGACUUGUUCUCCCUUGCAGCAAAUUCUUGGAUGGCAGAGUUUGAGAGAAGAAGGGUUUGCAAGGAGUAUGCCACAGUCUGCGGGGUGGGGGACUAGGCCAUGCCUCCAACCCUCCACAUGUUCUGCUGUGGUCAGAGUUGUGUUUGUUCCCUGCCCAUGCUCUCCUGCAAGAAAACAGUGCUGUGCAGCCAGGGAAGGCCCGCUCCAUGGUCCCGUGGUCAAGGACACAGAGCCAGCCAAAGCAAAGAGGUUACAGAGCUGUCCUCUACUUCCAAGCUGUGACCUGGAGGACAGCAGCAUCUGUUUUGGGCUGACUGGUUUUGAUGGAUGGCCCCAGCAGCCCCGACACUACAGAUUUGUUCCUCCAGGUUUGGGGAGCCAGGCUUGCUACUGGGAUGGCCAGAGUCACUACUUGGCAUCCUGUUGUCACCCUGUGCAUGCACAUGCCUCCCCUCCUGCCAGAGAGACUGGCGCUGCACAGGACAAGGGGCGCUCUGGAGCGCUCAAGACCCUGGAGGUGUUUGUGUGUGGAAGCUGUACAGUGACGAGGGCUUGCAGCCCAGGAGACAUAAUCCCCCUGUAAAUACAUCUGUGUUUUGUAGAACAGAAGCAAAAGUAUUUAUCAUUUCAGUUUCUUUCCCUUCCUCCCUCCUCCUUUGCUGAUCAUGGCAUAUCUUUCCUUCUCUCUCCCUUGUCAAAUCCUUUAUGUUCUCCAGCCUAGAUCCUGUCUCUAGAUCUCUGCCUUCAGUGUCCCUUGAAAUAUUUCCUUCAGGGUGCUUUUCCAUGGUUCCUCUGACUGGAAUUUCCCCUCCGUUUGAAUAGUAGCCAUGAGCCAAAUAUCUCUGUGUGAGUAUGGAUACAUCUCUGCUUCUGAGCUGCUCUUUGCAGGGGCAGAGCCAUGAGAGAUCUGCAGUCAGUCUCCAUCAACUAAGCUCCAUCCAAAUCCAUGGGGCCAAGUUGAGCAGUCCCAGGGACAGGAGUUGAAAAUCUUUAUUUGCCAGCAUCGUACCUCUGGUUUUCUAGAGCAGCAGCAGGAGGGAGAGGGAUCUGGGAAGAAGCUUUCAGAAGAGUCCUAGGUAUGUUUCAAUUGACAGGUUUUUCUUUGUAAAGGGAGAGAAUGGGAUAAUGGUUAUGCAAAAAAAAAAAAAAAAAAAAAAAAAAGAUAAAAAGAUGGAGGAGAAAUCUAAUUGAAAAUGGAGGUGAAAUGCUCUUGAAGUGAAAGAAGCAUGUCUGAUUUUGCUGGGGUGGGAUGUGUUGCCCUUUUCUGGAUCUGCACCAAGCUAAGCCUAGUCCCGUCUCACUGGGAAUCCUCGUACCUCCCUCAUCUACUGGCAGCUGGCUUCUGGCAGUAGCCAACUUUGAUUUUAGUGAGAGUUUCUCAGUCCUCUGAACUCGGAUACUUUCCAGCCUUGGCCUUCAUAUGUUUUUUUUUUCUUUCUUUAAACAUCUAUGCAUUUGCUGGACAACUGCAUUUUUUAUUUUCUCUCCCAGACACGUAAAAAAUGCGUUCGGUUCUUGUGCAUUGUUUACAAAGUGGAAAACAAACAAAAAAAAAUAUGAAAGAGGAAAAAAGCAACUUAAUAUAUUUUGUAUUAAUAUUGGUAUUUCUUUUUAAGUAUUUUUUCGUGCUGUGAACUUUUUUUUUCUGCCAAAGACAAUGAGUUCUUGUUUGUGCAUUUUAAGUUAUCUUAAGUAUUUAAACGUAAACCUGGCUGUUUCGUUAUGCCGCCCUAUACCGAGAUUGCUGUAGCAUUCCACUUGGUAUAACAAUAUUUUAAUAAAAAAACCCAAAUAUUGA